AUGUUAUUCCCAAUUUACUUUACUGUUUUUAUUAUCAUGAUGCUCAUUGUAGGUCUGGCAGUCAAUGCCUUCAUCUCCAUUUUUAACAUGAAAUCCUGGUCGAGAGAAGGAAAAUUCAAGCCUAGUGAUAAAAUUUUAACGGCUUUGUGCUUCAUCAGGUUCUUCUUGCAAUGUGACUUCAUGAUGGAAAUCUUUGGAAUAUGGCUGGAACUUAUUCCCCUGUCGGAGUAUAAACCUCGCUGUAUCUUUUAUUUCAUCCAGCUGUUCAUGGACUUCUUUAGUCGCUGGCUAAGUGCUUGGCUCUCCAUGCUGUACUAUGUGAAGAUCACUAUCUUUAAAAAUGCUUUCUUCCUACAGCUUCAGUCUCUGAUCCCCCGAAUUACCGGGUAUGUGAUCUUUAUAUCCAUCUUCAUUUCAUUUGUACCAGGACUGAUUUAUUCUCUGAGUGCAAAACAGGGAUUCUGCAUGAAUGCCAAUGGAGUUAAUGUGACCACAUACACAAGUGAUUUACUGACUUUCCGUGUCAUCGCAUUUUUCUUUGGACACAGUUUGCCCUUCUUGCUAGAGAUGCUUUCGUCCAUAUAUCUCCUCUGCACUUUGUUUGCCCACAUCAGACACACAAAGUCUUACAUUUCUAACUUCACGGAACCCAACAUGGAUGUCCAUUGGACUGUUUUUAGGUACAUUCUUCUGCUGAAUCUCAUGUCAACGUGCAACUUCUUUGGUAACUUUUUCCUCUGGUCCUUCAUUUCGAAUUUUAUUGGAACAGCCAUUGGAUACUUUUUAGCUUUCUCUUAUCCUACUUCCCAUUCAAUAGUUCUCAUACUGUCCAACCCAAAGCUGAAAAGAGAAGUAGUCAACAUGUUCCAUUGUGCAACUAAACUCUGGCGUUUCAACAAGCAAGAAUCAGAGACUGUUACACAAUGAUUGUUAUCUUAAAUGUUAUAUUUCAUUACAUUGGUGGUAAAGUCUAGUCUAGUCUAGGCAGGUGGGGAUCUUCUGUAUUUUAGGCAAGAUACCAAUUCACACAGCAUUGAGAGAGAGAGAGUUUGCUGUGCACCCUAUGGAAUAAAGCAUUGAUUGAUAACAUGGGACAGUUACCCCUCCUGCUAAACUUCUAGCCUAAUGCAAAUUACAUCUAUGGUGUCCACACCAGACCAAGCUCUUCCAAAUCAUGACUUUAUUGACUGUGUGCCCUAUCCUUACCAAACAAAGUCAUGGUGCUUGUAUUUAAUCUACUUUAAAUAGUUUUAUACCUCUGUCAUCAUUUAUUGAUCAUCACAUAUUAGUCCGGCAUCUCCAUUAGCAUUAGAAUUUAAAAAAAAUAGUCACAGACUUAUAAUGUCAAACAAUGAA